GUUUCCAUGGCUAUAAUGUCACUGACAAUACCAUUUUGUUUAGUGAUGUCGACGUUAGUGGCAGCAAAGAGUACAAGCAUGUACAGAAUCGCUGUGGAAAGUCAUUCAUCGAGAUCGACGGAGAAUGAAAAUUUAAAAAUUAUCUUGAAUUACGUUCGAAGCAAGCAGAAAUUCUAUCCGUCCAUAUUUUCUCUCGUCUCUUCCGAUGUUCGAUCCAAUUUUGCAGAUCUUGUGUCAAAAUACAUAGCGAGCGAGUCGAUUGUCAGCUACAAGAUCACAAUGAAUGAUCUCUCGCGGAGAUAUACGUGGCAGAAUCGUGCCGAUCUCACGUGGAUCUUCAUCAUCGACGAUAUUAAUGUCUUGAAAUUUUUUGUGCUCGAACAAAGUUAUAUAUGGAAAGCUACUAAUCAGUAUCUAGUGAUCAUCACCAUUCCGAUCCCAGUAGUUUCGCGCGAUAUUUUUCAGACUAUCUGGAAAACUUACAACGUCUACAAAAUCGUCUUCGUCUCAAUACAAGACAAUUUUCGAUGUCUAAGCAGAUAUCUACCGUUUGAAAAGAAUCGGCAAAACGAGUACGGUGCUGUGCGUAAAAUCUGUUUAAUGAAUCAAACAAACAAUAUCGAGCUUUAUACGAACUUUGAAAACCUAAACGGAUAUCCUAUACGCGUAAUCGUGUUUGGAUCUCUGACGAUGAAUACUAUAUUCGACGAGGAUACAAGGAUAUACAAGUACAAAGGAUUGGAUGCAGACGCGAUGUUUCUACUGGAAAAAUCGAUGGGAGCUCAAUUUCGCAUCAACGUCAUCGCAACGUUUUCAACCAAUUUCACUAAAGGAAAAAAUCAAGACCGCUUUCAACAUAGUCUUCAAUAUAUCCAGGAUGACAAAUCGGACAUAGUCAUGAACGGUUUCUUUAUCUAUAAAUAUGAGAAAUAUCAAAAUUACGAGUUUACAACCAGCGUUUACGAGGAUAAGCUGUGCUUGAUUGCGCCCACGAGCGGCUUUAUCCCUAAGUCGUACAUGCCGAUAAUGCCAUUCGCACUAGAUUUAUGGACGGCUCUUGCGAUAUAUAACAUUCUCGUGUCCAUCUUAUGGUUUCUUAUCAAAUAUUACAGCGGAUCAUUUCGUCGGCAAGAAGCUGUUCUUCUUCCUUUAAUAAGAACGGAAUUUAUUCUUUCACGACGAACAAGUUUACCGCCAAGGAUACAUCCUUAUGUCUUAUCAUGUUUCGACCUCGUCGAAACCUCGUGUUAUCCGUUGAAGGACAGCCCGGAUAGCACGACCGCUCAACGAGUCUUCUUGUUCGGCACCCUCUUCUUCGGUCUCAUCAUCGUCGGUCUCUACCAAAGCUACCUCGUGUCUGUUUUGAGUAAUCCUCUACAUUAUCCGGAGCUGAACACUCUGGAGGAUGUCGCCAACUCAAAUUUCUCCUUAGGUACCAAAUAUUAUAAUUUAAAGGAGCAUACGUUCACGGAGAAUACUACUCUGUUUAACAAAUUACGUCGUAAAAUCAAAGUGAUAAAUACUGAUAAAAUGAUGCUCGACAUAGUGGCUUUCGACAAGUUAAUCGCCAUCACACGUUACGCUUCGCUCAAAAUAGACGAUUUGUCCAAGUACUACGACGCGGACGGCAACGAAUUGUUUCAUCUAGUCGAGGAAUGUCCUAAUACUUUCUCAUUAUCCUACGUAAUGAGACUGUAUUUACCAUAUCGGGAGAGAAUCAAUUGGUUAUUGUUACGAAUGCAAGAAGCGGGCCUCAUUAAUCUAUGGUAUGAUAAUAUGACAUAUCCGACAUACGUAGCCGAGCAGAAAAGAAAAGUGGAGAAGAGCGAGAGAAGAAUUACAUUGACCAUGAACCAUUACUCUCUUACAUUCGUCGGACUUUCAAUUGGUUUACUUUUUUGCAUUGUCGUAUUCCUCGCGGAAUUGUAUUUCGCCAAGAAAUCGCAAUCGUACAUAGGAGCGGAGAAAAUUCUUGAUUUAAUAUCGAAAAACUAA